ACAAAGGACAGACAUACAGAACUACUCACUUGGAUGUUAACUCUUCCUGAGGUUCAUUUACAUGAGUUGGCUCAUCACGUUUAUGCAGGAGAAUUGCAAUUCCAAUCUGUGCAGCUGAGAGGAGCAGAGGAGGAGGAGAGCCAGAGAUGGAUGACUGCCUGGAGACACUGAAAGAUGAGGAGGAAGCUUUGUGGGAGAAUGUGGAGUGCAACCGGCACAUGCUGAGCCGGUACAUCAAUCCAGCCAAGCUGACCCCGUACCUGCGGCAGUGCAAAGUAAUCGAUGAGCAAGAUGAAGAUGAGGUGCUUAACUCGCUUAUGCUGCCCUCCAAAAUUAACCGAGCAGGGCGGCUGCUGGACAUUCUUCACACCAAGGGCCAGAGGGGCUAUGUGGUUUUCUUGGAGAGCUUGGAGUUUUACUACCCUGAGCUCUACAAACUGGUGACAGGAAAGGAGCCCACACGGAGGUUUUCCACUAUUGUUGUGGAGGAGGGACAUGAAGGCCUUACCCAUUUCCUGAUGAAUGAGAUCAUUAAGCUCCAGCAGCAAGUAAAGACGAAAGACAUGCAGCGCUGCGACCUCUUGGCUAAGUCUCGCCAGCUGGAAGACGAGCGAAAGCAACUAAAACUGAACAAGAUAGAGCUGAUGACCUUCCAGGAGAGAUACAACAAGAUGAAGGAGGAAAGGAACAACUACAAUGAUGAGCUGGUCAAGGUGAAGGAUGAGAACUACAAUCUGGCCAUGAGAUAUGCCCAACUGAGUGACGAGAAGAGCAUGGCUGUGAUGAGGAGCCGAGACCUGCAGCUCGAGAUUGACCAGCUGAAGCACCGCCUGAACAAGGUGGAAGAGGAAUGCAAGCUGGAGAGGAACCAGUCACUGAAACUGAAAAAUGAUAUUGAAAACCGACCCAAAAAGGAACAGAUGCUGGAGCUGGAGCGGGAAAACGAGAUGAUGAAAACUAAAAUCCAGGAGUUACAGUCUAUCAUUCAGGCUGACAAGCGGAGUUUACCAGAUUCAGACAAAGCCAUUUUGGAUAUCCUGGAGCACGAUCGUAAGGAGGCACUGGAAGAUCGUCAUGAGUUGGUCAACAAGAUCUUUAAUCUCCAAGAGGAGAUUCGUCAUGUGGAGGACUUGAGAGACAAGUAUCUUGAAGAGAAAGAAGAUUUGGAGUUGAAGUGUUCAACACUAGGAAAAGACUGUGAGAUGUAUAAGCACCGUAUGAACACUGUGAUGAUACAGCUAGAAGAGGUGGAGAAGGAGCGAGACCAGGCGUUCCGCUCACGUGAUGAGGCUCAGACACAAUAUUCACAUUGUCUGAUUGAAAAAGAUAAGUACAGGAAGCAGAUUCGGGAGCUGGAGGAGAGAAAUGAUGAACUCCGAAUUGAAAUGGUUCGGAAAGAAGCCUGCAUUGUUAACUUAGAGUGCAAACUCCGAAGGCUCUCUAAGGACAAUAAUUGUCAUGACCAGAGUUUGCCACGCAAUCUGCCCAUCACUAUUAUCUCCCAGACCUUUGGCACUUCGAGCCCAAAAGCCAAUGGUCAGGAAGCAGAUGACUCCUCCACAUCAGAAGACUCACCAGAAGACAACAAAUUCUUCUUGCCUGAUCAAGCUCGACUCAAGAGAAGAGUGAACCUAAAGGGAAUCCAGAUAAAUCCAAGAGCCAAAUCCCCUGUCAGCAUGAACAGAACAUCAGAGUUUCAAGCAGUCAGAGCGCAGGACGAAGAUGGGGCUGAUGCCAGCAAUGGCCGCACAGACAAUAGUUCCUCUAAUUCUGUUUCCAUCAGUAACUCCAUCAGCAGCUGUGAAGUCAGCAAAAUUCAAACCCUGAGAAAUCGCAAUGACAGCAUCAUGUCUACCACUCCUGAGCCUCCAGGAAACGACUCGAUCGUCAGACGCUGCAAAGAGGAUGCUCCUCCCUGCAGCUUGGUUGAAGAGGACAAUGACAGCUUUGGAUUUGAUGCUUUGGAACUAGAUGGUAAGCAAAUGUAAUAGUUUAACUGUGAGAUGUGAUGAGCU